AUGUCAACUGAUGAAAACAGUAAUGAGCUCCACUUAGUGAUGUUUCCUUUUCUGGCUUUUGGUCACAUAAGUCCCUUUGUACAGCUUUCCAAUAAGUUAUCCUCUUAUUCUGGUAUCAGGAUUUCCUUCUUGGCUGCUUCCGCCAAUGUCCGGCGUAUAGAAACCAUGCUCAACCGCACCGCCGCCACUCAAAUCAUCCCUCUCACUCUCCCUCAUGUUGACGGCCUCCCUGAAGGAGUGGAGAACACCGCCGACACCUCCCCAGCCACCGUUGAACUCCUCAAAGUCGCCUUAGACCUCAUGCAACCCCAGAUCAAGAACUUACUUACACAUCUCAAACCUCAUUUCGUAAUCUUCGACUUUGCGCAAUCGUGGCUGCCACCAAUCGCGACUGAGCUCGGCAUUAAAUCCGUCUGUUUCUCGGUUUUUUUGGGGAUCGCCAUCGCGUUUGUCACCGCCUAUAUCGGCCGGAAUAUACCACCGACUAUAGAAGAAGUCAAGAAUCCUCCACCGGGGUUCCCGGGAACCAUCGGUCUCGGAACUUUUGAGGCUUCGGAUUUUCUUUACAUCUUCACGAGCUUCCAUGGUACUCCAAGCGUAUUUGACCGUUUGAUAAAAUGCUUUAAUGGAUGCGACGCUAUACUCAUGAAGUCAUGUACAGAAAUGGAAGGACCUUACCUAGAUUAUAUAACCAAACAGGUCAACAGACCACUUCUUCUAAUCGGUCCGGUGGUUCCCGAGCCACAUUCCGGCGAACUGGACCAGACGUGGACCAACUGGUUGACCCACUUCCCGGCCAGAUCCGUAAUCUACUGCUCUUUCGGCAGUGAAACUUUUCUAACAGAUGAUCAGAUUACAGAAUUAGCUUUAGGGUUAGAACUCACCGGUCUUCCUUUCUUCCUGGUGUUGAAUUUUCCGGCGAAUCUCGACAGCUCUGUGGAACUGAGAAGAACCCUACCUCUUGGGUUCAUGGAGAGGGUGAAGGGUAAAGGAGUGGUGCACUCAGGGUGGGUGCAACAACGACAUAUUCUUGCUCACGAAAGUGUUGGGUGUUAUGUCUGUCAUGCUGGUUUCAGCUCUGUGAUCGAAGCUCUGGUAAACGACUGUCAAUUGGUGAUGCUGCCAUUGAAGGGUGACCAGUUCAUGAACUCUAAGUUAAUGGCGAUGGAUUGGAAGGUAGGAGUUGAGGUAAAUAGGAGAGACGAAGAUGGGUAUUUUGGGAAAGAAGAUGUGUUUGAAGCUGUGAAGAGUGUUAUGAUAGAGACUGAAAAAGAACCAAUAAGGGAAAAUCACAAGAAAUGGAAGGGGUUUUUGCAGAAUGACGAGAUACAGAAUAAGUAUAUUACAGAUUUGGUUAGGGAUUUGAAGACACUUUAG